AGCCCAGCUGCAGCUUCUGCCACCUCAGUUGCACAAGGUGUUGAAUCUGAAAGGAAAGGAGAGCAUGAGUGAGACAGGCGCGGAGCGAUAGGGAACGCCCCGGGACCCAGAGCAGAACCAGGGUGCCAGUGGAAACCUCCGACCUCUUCACUAGCAUGCGAGGAACCGCCGCCGUCGCCGCCGCAGAAGCAGCAGCAGCAGCUACUGCCACUGCCACUGCCACUGCCACUGCCUUCUGUGUCCCUGAUCUCUUGUGAUCGGAGCUCCAGGCUUCCCUCUCAUUUUAUAGAUUUUCAUCCUCCCCUCUAACACCAAACGGAAUCGUUAUGCAGAGCGAAGGUGUGAAAGGGGGGAAAAAAGGAUUUCCCUGGGCUGGCAAGAUGCGCUCCAUCAGGAAGAGGUGGACUAUCUGCACGAUAAGUAUCCUCCUGAUCGUUUAUAAGACAAAAGAAAUAGCAAGAACUGAGGAGCAUCAGGAAACGCAACUCAUAGGAGAUGGUGAGCUGUGUUCCAAUAGACCACUGGUCAAUAGUUCUAAUAAAAUCAUUCGAACGGGUGGAUCUUCAAUCUUUCAGCACUCUGUGGAAGGUUGGAAAAUCAAUUCCUCUUUGGUCUUGGAGAUAAGGAAAAACAUACUUCGCUUUCUGGAUGCAGAAAGAGACAUCUCUGUGGUCAAGAGCAGUUUUAAGCCUGGAGAUGUAUUGCACUAUGUAUUAGACAGGCGCCGAACCCUAAAUGUUUCUCAGGAAUUGCAUAGCCUCCUUCCUGAAGUUUCACCGAUGAAAAAUCGUCGAUUUAAGACUUGCGCAGUGGUUGGAAAUUCUGGGAUUCUGCUGGACAGUGGAUGUGGAAAGGAGAUUGACAAUCACGACUUUGUUAUAAGGUGCAAUCUAGCUCCUGUGGUGGAGUUUGCUGCAGAUGUGGGAACUAAAUCUGAUUUUAUUACCAUGAAUCCAUCAGUUGUACAAAGAGCAUUUGGAGGCUUUCGGAAUGAGAGUGACAGAGAAAAAUUUGUGCAUAGACUGUCUAUGCUGAAUGACAGUGUCCUUUGGAUCCCUGCUUUCAUGGUCAAAGGAGGAGAGAAGCAUGUGGAGUGGGUUAAUGCAUUAAUCCUUAAGAAUAAAUUGAAAGUGCGAACUGCCUAUCCAUCACUGAGACUUAUUCAUGCUGUCAGAGGUUACUGGCUGACAAACAAAGUACCCAUCAAAAGACCCAGCACUGGCCUUCUCAUGUACACGCUAGCUACGCGAUUUUGUGAUGAGAUUCACCUCUAUGGAUUCUGGCCAUUCCCUAAGGAUUUAAAGGGGAAAGAAGUCAAAUAUCAUUACUAUGAUAACUUGAAAUACAGAUACUUUUCCAACUCAAGUCCUCACAGGAUGCCUCUGGAAUUCAGGACUUUAGAUGGGCUACAUAACAGAAGAGCACUAAAAUUAACCACAGGAAAAUGCAUAAAGCAAUAAAGCACAUUUUUAAAAGACAA